UUGGCCGUCAGGUUCCGUUGUUCUGCACCUCUAUUCUGCACUGCACUGAUGUGAGUUGUGAUAUGGCAUCUUUUAGACGGCUAAUAAUGAGGAGAAGACGUUGUUUUCUACUUCUUUGCUGUGCCGCCGUUCUGGCCUUCCUAGGAUUAUCUGGAUUUUCAGUGUUUUUUGAUGAGAAAAAUGCUUCUCCAGUUCCUGUGCUGGAAGUUAAACAGAUAGAACCAAAGUUUAAUGUUCUGGAACCUCCAGAUGCCCAGACCCAGGAAGCUGUCCUAAAAGCAACCCGCCCUCAUAUCGCUCCCCCUCCUGAUGUGAAGGAAGAGCCAACAAAGCCAGAGUUGAAAAUAACAGAGAGUGUUGUGGCCAACGUCACAAAACAUGUUCAGAACAAAACUGAAGACUUGGAAGUAGCCAAGAAUAAAACCAUGCAACAGCUUGGAGUCCUAGGGGUGGAGGCUAAUGAUAAGCUUCUGCCCAAGGUCAUCUUUGAAAAGUUCAAGUGGAACCUUACCGUAUCAUUUGAGGACAUUGGAAAUAUAAUGAAGGACACAUUGUUCUUGAACAAAUUGAAACCUCUCAAUCUCAGUGGACCAAUGCUGACCAGCACAAGGAAUCGCACAGCAAACUUUUCUCUUUCCAUGCCCAUUAAAAUGGGCUAUUGUGAUUGCUGGGAACAUUACUGCUUCUGCUGUGUGCAGCUGGUUAACUCACAGCUUCACCUAAAUGUCAAGACAUGUGCAAACUUCACUUUCAUCUCGAAAUCCCAUAACUUGGACCUUACUUUCAAAAUGGACAACAAAACAGUUUACAGGGGGACAUUGUCAGCUGAUGCACCUCCUCUCCUAUGUAUGGGCUCAGUUCCAAGUGUGGCAGAUAUCUGUGUCCACUUCUCCAACAUGACUUAUCGUGUGGACAGGCUGGCCAUGCAUAAAAGUCAGCUUUUGGGAUGCACAGACUUCAGCCUCAACAUUUACAACAAAACUAUCAGUGUUUUACCCGUAGACUGUUUUCAGAUACCUGGAGAUCCCAACCAUCAUCCUAAGGAGGAAAAUUUAAUUUUCCCCAAUUUUGUUCCCUAGGGUACUUCUAGAAUGUUUUUUGUAUUAUAGAGGGGAGGAAAUGGAUAAGGGAAACUAAAUCUCAUGUUGAUGACCAUUUGUGAUGUGAUGUAUGCUUUUUGUUGUUGGUUUGUUGUUGGGUUUUUUUUUGGGGGGGAGGGGGGCUGAGUUGAUAUUGCUUUGAGGUGUUUUGCAUAUUUUGACAAAGUGGCAAAGUCACCUUUUCACGUCAGCUUUAUUUGUUUGACUCAGUGUAUCUUGACACAAUUUUCCUGUAGUGAUGAAAGAAAAGCUGCUGUGAUUGUUCACAAUGUACUGAUUCGUUAAGAUUGAAUAUUUAGGUAGGAAUAAGUGGUUAGGCCUCUGAACCUGCGAUCCACUUUUUAAAAAGUUUUCCUUCAUUAUGGUUCAUUUAUACUCUCAUUAAAUGUGUUUUGAUAUUCUAAAGAGGUUAUCGUGUAUGCAAAGGAUCACUUUUUCUUAAUUCAAUACUGAUCGAAAUGAAAAUAGAAUGCGGAGUUAUCAGUGUCAGUAUAAUUUAAUGAAAUGCAGAUUACUGUUACAUAACUUAUUUGUGCAGAAAUUGUGAGAGAAAGUUAGCUCAAUGUUCCUCAUGAUAUUUGUUUGAAGAAAAUGGCACUAUUAUCAGUGAAAAUAAAAAACAUCAUGUUUAUUGACAUUGAUGAUCAGUUUGUCACUGGCAUCUGAUCUUUGCUUUCAGAGGGAUUUUGCUUUUUCUUUAUAAUGUAAGGGUUGCAACUACUUAUAACUUAUAUUCUUCAAUUUUUGUCAUGCUGUUAAGAAUGUAACAAUGUCAAUGAAAAAUUGAUUUUUUGCUUUACAUCUUUUCAUUUGGUACCUAAGAAAGGGCUUUCUAUAAGUGUUAUGCUUUUUUAAAUUUAAAGAAUCGGUUCAUAAAUUUUUUAAAGUUAUGGAGUUGUUAAGUGCGGCAAAAGAUGGAUGACCCAUAAAUAGGAAAAUACUCAUAAAAAGUGGAUCCCGUAAGAACAGUUUCUGUGAGAAAAUUGAAGAUAUCUCAGUAAUUAAUCUGAGCAUUUUAAAGAAACUUGGCAACUCAAUGUGUUUUUGGAUGGAGAAAUCAUUUCGGCAGUCGGAUUUACUUAUCAUUUUGUAGUAUUUUGUUAUAAUUAAAAUUUUAGUGUACACAUUUCUAUUUUGAGAAAGAGGGGUGUCGGCAUGAGAGCAUUUUAUUUAUAGCUAAGUAUCACAUCAUUGGAUUUUAAGAAUUUGUUGGCAGAGUGACUAAACAAUGGCAAAAUUUUCUUUGAUGACUUUAGACAAUGCCAACCAUAAAAUAUAAUUCAAUUGAUCCUAACAUGUUGUACAAUUAGAAAGCUUUCUUUUUUCCGUUGAUAUGCUAACCCACCAUUACAAUGUAACAGGGGAACAGAGCGAAAAACAACCGAAUGCGUGGGCCCACCCAUGCCCUAUUUUAAGUAACCAAUGAACAUGCUCAUAAUAAUCAUGCAGGGAUUUGUAGGUCACAUGAUACAUUUGCGGAGGGAGUGAGGAAAAAUGCCUGUUUUCUGUGUGAGGCCACUUUGGAUUGGGGGGGUAGUGGUACAUUUAUGAUAAUCUCUAAACAACUACUUGACUUAGAAUUUUCAAUUUUGAGAACACUAUAGAGGAAAGAUAGAUCUCUUACCUUCUUGACAUUGAAAAUCAUGCUCCUUGUAGUUUACAGAAUACCGGAUACGAAAGUGUUUCCAACUAAAAAAAUAUAGGUUAAUUUAUGUGUACAUAACUCAACCUUCACAUAUUAUUAGUUUGCCCUGUUUUCUGAUUGGUUGCCAAGUUUAAUUCACAUUUGUCCAGAACUAGAGCCAACCUAGUUUGAGAAAGUAAGUCACGUAUGUUCCGAUCCGGUCGAAAAAUACACCCUCAAACAGGGACCAAAGUUUCAUUGCGUAUACAAGCCCGAUUUGAAUUGCUAAAUAGUGUGCUUCUGCUGCUGGAUAUGAAAGUUCUUAUUUUAUUUAUUUUUUUUUUUUUUUCAUAUGAAGAGAUUGUUUCGCUGCAGUUCACCCACCCCCUCCCCUUUGCCCCUUCGUACAGUCAGAUGUACUUUCUAAUGAUUAGUCAUUCCUAGAAGGAAAAG